AUGCUUCUUUUGGUACAAAAGCUUAGCAAAUUAUACCACAACCUGGAAAAUCACCACUACCACCAUCCAGCAGAGGUCGAUGUUUUGUCGGCUUCUCUACAGGCUUUUAGGUCCGAUGUUUCGAAUUGUCUGAACCAGUUGUUGUCUUUCAAUCCGGAACCCAGAUCAGAAAUCUUGACUUUUUCAUGGAUCCAACAAUGUCUCCACCUCCUCCUCCUAAUCAACAAGGCGUUUCUAAAGCUACUCAAGCACAUAGACUACCCCAUGACCAGCUGGGAAGCUGCUUCUCUCGACGAGUAUCUCAACUACGGCUUGCAUUUGCUGGAUCUUCUCAAUUCCGUCAGUUCCUCUCUUUCUCACCUGUCGCAGGUUAAGCUUUCAUUUGCUUAUGGCCUCACCCUCGUCGGCAAUUCACCUUCCACGGCUAUUGAGCAUCUCAAACCAAUCCAUCCGCAAAGUUCGAGCAAGGACAUCAAGGGAUUGUUGAACAAGGAAGAUUGUGAGGGGAAAUUCGGUUCUUGCAAGGAAAGGGUAGUCAAUGAAGCUAUGGUGGAGAUGAAGAGUAUUGGGUUUUGGGUAUUUGGGGUUGUUUUGGCUUCCUUGUCUGGGGAGACAAAACCAUACUUGGAGAUGAAACAAGUGAUUGCCAGGUUCAAUAGUUCUUUGUUGAUUGAUGUAAUAGAUUCAUGUGUUUCUAUAGUGGAGAAAGGUGAGACAUUGAAAGAGGUGAAGGAGCUGAACAAUUCAGCCAAUUGCCUAGUAUCAGCCAUCGUCUAUGGGGAAACUAGUGAUGCAGCCAUGGAUUUGGAAGGGAAAUUGGGUGUUUUCGAGAAGCAGAUGGAGGUAUUGGAGAAGCAAGUGGAUGCCUUGUUUUCGAAGGUAUUGGCAACCAGAAAUGAACUGCUUCAGGGUGUUAGACAAUGCAAGCAAUGA